GUAUCUAGGAAUGAUGAACGAUAAUAAUUGAUUACUAAACAUGGGAAAAGGUAUCGGAAGGAUAAAAGGCCUUCUGUACGAGUCGAGAAGAGUGUGUGAUAUUCGGUAGUUGUGAAGUUAGCGAUUGAAACUUUGGCAUUUCGAAGUUAGGAUAAAGUUAUGGCUCUUAGCUGACAUAAGGAACUAUCAGCUGGGCAGCAGCUGCCAGCGCCAAGAGACGUCAUUGCUUGCUGCCCCACCAACAGCACAUCCAAUUAUCACCCAAGCCAGCAGACAAGAACAUCCCGCUUUACGAUUGCCAUUCUAGUAUCUAGUUGCCUACGACGACAAGAGCGUAUAUCCCUACCGACGCGUAACACUCUAACCAGAACCAUAAAUUCUUGAAACGAAUACAUCUCUCAUCAGUAUCCUAUUAAUCAUCCGCGCGCCCGCCUUUCCUAUCCGUAACAACCAAACCAAACCCAAACCCAAACCACAUCUCCUGCACCCCCACCAUGAACCGCCUCUUCGGCAGCGCGCCCAAGGCGCCCAAACCCACGCUCAACACCGCAAUCACGAACCUCGACGGGCGAAUAUCCUCCUUCGACGUAAAAAUCGCCAGUCUCAACGCCGAGCUCGGGACCUACCAAUCCAAAAUGUCAAAAAUGCGCGACGGGCCGGGCAAAAACGCGUUGAAAUCCAAAGCGCUAAAAGUGCUGCAGCGCCGCAAGCAAUACGAGUCGCAGCGGGACCAGCUGCAGUCGCAAGUGUGGAACAUGGAGCAAGCGCAGACGAUGCAGGACAACCUAGCGGGCGUGAUGACGACGGUGGACGCGAUGAAGACGACGCAGAAGGAGCUGAAGAAGCAGUACGGCAAGGUGGAUUUGGACAAGAUCGAGCGCAUGCAGGAUGAGAUGGCGGAUCUGAUGGACGUCGGUAACGAGAUCAACGAGACUUUGAGUCGUGGCUACGAGGUACCCGAAGAUGUGGACGAGGCCGAGCUCGAUGCCGAGCUGGAGCUGCUAGGCGCCGAGAUGGAGAUGGAGGGGGGUAUGGAGGCUGGUGGUGUGCCUGAUUUCAUGAGAGACGAGGUCCCUGAUUUCAUCGACGAGCCGCCGGAGGCAAAUUCCAAGGUGCAGGAGGCAGCGCGGUGAUGAUACGAGGAGUACGUACGAAGUAACUACUUAAGUAAAAUGCAAAUAUUAUUCUAAGGAAAGGAGUUGCGGGAGUUGGUGACACAGGUUUAGCAGGGUCUGGAUAUUGGAUCAUCAUCAUUUAUUAUACUCUAUUUU